AUGGAGGCCUAUGUUGCUCAACCAACAGAAGAAGGGCAAGAUCCGAAGACUCAUGUUCAAGCUAUAGCUCAUGUUAUGCCAAAAUCAACUUUUCUUCGCAGUGUUGGCAUGCAGUCCACAGCGAUAAAGAGAAAUGCCAAAGCUACUGCAAUGAAUGAUCGCGUAAAUGAGCUUGAGAGUGAAUUGCAAGCUAAGAAGAUGGGAUCAGCAGGACUACGAUCACAGCUGGCUGAUGUGCAGAAGCAAUUAGAGGAUCAGAAAGAGGCAGCAAGGAAGAAUGAAGAAGCAGCAAGGAAGAACAAAGAAGAAACUGAGAAGCUGAAGCAGCAAGGCCUUGAAAUCCAAGGUUUCCUUCGUACCUUGUUUGGCAACAAGUUUGCAUCACCUGAUGCUCAGCCGACUGGGUCUUCUAAGAAGCAUGAGCUCAAAUCUAAGCAAAAAUUGGAAAAGAAACUCAGCUUUUACACAAAAGUAAAAGAUGCAGUUAUUUCCUUAAAUGCUAAGAAGACUAUCAGUAAGAAAAAUAAACAGAGUCGGCGCCAGAAGAAACUGAAAGCAUAUGAUCUCUCGGCACUGUCUGAGUUCCUCCCAGAACCAGCUGCACCAGAGCAGAAGACUGAAGCAAAGCUGAACUGCAAGUCAAGACAGACAUUAGUGGUACGGGAAUCUGCUCGUCUUAAGGUUGUACUGGACAACCUGCAGUUCCAGCUUGACCCAUUCGCUGCGAUCCAUCAGCACCUGCUAGGAACGCAGCCGCCUGCAGCUGCAAAGGACAGUGACGCAGGGAAGCAGGGGAAGGAGGACUCCAAGGACAAGAAAAGGAGGAGGAAGAAGAAGGGUGCAUCGUCAAGCUCUCAAGCAAUGGAUAUCUGA